UUGUGUCACCUCUCACUGUGUCCGGGUGGCGGAGUUGCAAGUUCCGGAAGCCGCGCCACUAACCAGCUCAGAGACGCCGAAGCCGAGUCCCUUCACGUUUUAUACUAACCAUCUUAAUUAGCGCCAAACAAUGGCCGUGAACACAGGCACGUCUCUGGUGCUGUCCAGUCUGCUGUCGGUGCUGGUGUUUGCAGGGAUGCAGAUGUUCAGUAAGCAGCUGGGUUCUACUGAGUGGCUCACCAUCCUUGGAGGGUUCCUGGGCUCUGUCCUCUUCAUCUGCUCCCUCACUGCAUUCAAUAACCUGGAAAACAUGGUCUUUGGAAAGGGAUUCCAAGUGAAGAUAUUCCCAGAGAUCCUGCUGUGCCUCUGCCUCUCGCUGUUUGCCUCGGGUCUGGUUCACCGUGUGUGUGUCACCACGUGCCUGAUAUUCUCCCUCUUCGCGCUCUACUACAUCAACAAAGUGUCUGCUGCCCUCUAUCAAGCAACCGUCCCCGCAGUAGCACCGGCGAAGGCGGCUAGCAAGGGCAAAAGGAAAAACUGAGCAUCUGCUCGGGCUACAUCUCCUCCGGCCAACCAGUCCACGUCUCCCCAGUGCUGCCGAUUCACCAACGCAUCACACAGCUUGUUUUGUCUGAACAGUUUGUUAUACCGUGUACAUGCCCCUAUGGAGAAAUUCGAACCUUUACCUUGUUAUGGAAUUGGACAUGAGCCUUAAGAUGCAGCCAAGAUGGGCAGGGCAUCUCCGAGAGCCGAACACACUUGAAGUCUCAUCGCUGCGACGCCGUUCCACCUCGAGCGUUGUAGGUUGGAGGAAUGGUGACUUGUAGAAAUAGGCUCACAAAUGCACAUUAUUUUUCUCUCUACAUUCCCUUCAUCGCCGUGUGCUCAGGAUGUGUUCAGACUGAUUGUGUAGAGAUUCACACCCGCCAUCAAUUUGUUUUUGCUUUUGUACAUUCAUCAGGACAUGACCGAUGUUUUUUGUUAGAAUAAAUUUGUAAUUAAAACCCUUUGAAAAGAA